UGUCCCCUCUGUGAUUGCCUGCCAGUCAGGAGCGCACACAAUGGGGCAGAACAGAACCAGAAUGCUGCGGACCCUUCUGCUUGUCAGCCUGCUACACCUCACACUGAGCCAUGACCAGGUCUUUCUCGAGGAGAAGCAAGCGCUGUCCUUGCUGCAGCGCUCACGCCGAUACAACAAGGGAUUCAUGGAAGAGUUGCGCUCAGGCAACCUAGAACGGGAGUGUCUGGAGGAAAUCUGCAGCUAUGAGGAAGCCCGCGAAACCUUUGAGUCUGAUAUCCAAACAAAUCUAUUUUGGACAAAAUACACAGCUUGCAGCGGUCAGAGGGAGUCCAGAGCAAUUCUUGAUGCCUGCCUAAACGCUCAGACACAUGACUGUGUCCAAGGCUUAGGACAAAAUUACAGGGGAACGAUUUCGGCUACCAAGUCGGGAAUUGAAUGCCAGUACUGGUCCAGCAAGUUUCCUCACAAGCCUGAGAUCAACUCGACGACCCACCCAAAUGCCAACCUCACAGAAAACUACUGUAGGAAUCCAAACGACAACCCACUCGGGCCCUGGUGUUAUACUCGUAAUGCCGUAGUGCAAAAAGAAGAAUGUGUCAUUCCUGUGUGUGGUGGGAACCAGACCACAGUUCCAUUUUCUCCACGAUCCCAACCACCAGACAUAUCCCCGCAGCAACCAUGCAUCCCUGAUAAUGGACUAAUGUAUACUGGGACCCUCUCUGUCACCCUCUCUGGGGCCCAGUGCUUGCCUUGGGCCUCAGAAGAACUAAGUCAGCUUGUCCAUCGCAGAGACUUCCAUUCAAACAUACAACUGGUGGAAAAUUAUUGCCGAAAUCCUGAUGGUGACGAUGAAGGUGUUUGGUGCUACAUCAACCAUCCGAACAUGACCACUGAUUAUUGUGACUUGAACUACUGUGAAAGUGAACUGAGUUAUGCAGAUGAUGUGGAUGACGCGCAAAGAGCAGGCCGGACUACUGCUGUACAACAUACGACCUUCUUUGAUCCGAAGACAUUUGGUGAAGGCGAAGCAGAUUGUGGUCUCCGUCCCCUGUUUGAGAAGAAGAAGAUUACCGAUAAAUCGGAGCAUGAGCUAGAGGAAUCUUACCUGGCAGGCCGAGUUGUGAAGGGUGAAAAUGCUGAAGUAGGCAGCGCCCCAUGGCAAGUGAUGCUGUUCAAGAGCAACCCCCAGGAACUGCUCUGUGGUGCCAGUCUCAUCAGCAAUCGCUGGAUUCUGACUGCUGCCCACUGCAUCUUCUAUCCACCCUGGGAUAAGAAUUUCACAACAGCAGACCUCCUUGUACGGAUUGGCAAGCAUAACAGGAAAACAUAUGAGAGGACCAUGGAGAAAAUUGUCUUGUUGGAUAAAAUCCUCCUCCACCCCAAGUACACCUGGAAGGGCUAUCUCGACCGAGACAUUGCACUAUUGCGCCUGAAGAAGCCUGUUCCUUUCAGUGACUAUAUACAACCCAUCUGUUUGCCCACCAAGGAGAUUGUGCAAAGCCUGUUGCUAACAGGCUACAAAGGACGUGUAACUGGCUGGGGAAACCUACAGGAGACCUGGAGUAGUAGUGGGUCAGUUCUGCCCACUAUACUGCAAGAAGUAAACCUGCCCAUUGUGAGCCGGGAUAUCUGCAAAGCAUCCACCAGGAUUAAAGUCACAGACAACAUGUUUUGUGCAGGGUACAGUCCUGAGGACACCAAGAGAGGAGAUUCAUGUGAGGGUGAUAGUGGGGGGCCUUUUGUCAUGAAGCACCCAACACUUAAGCGGUGGUAUCAAGUGGGCAUCGUCUCAUGGGGAGAAGGCUGUGAUCGUGAUGGCAAAUACGGGUUCUACACCCAUUUGUUCCGUCUGAAGAAAUGGAUGCAAAAGACUAUUGAGAGACAUGGGCGUUAAAAGGAAUGUAACUGUAUCACCUGCACCUUGGUUUAUAAAUAUGUAUACUAAUCAAAUAUUACAGUAAAUAAAAAGCAAAGGAAGGAAACAUUUCUGGGCACCAACCCAAAUAAAGGUUCUGUACCAAGUA